ACACUUGUCAGUGUCAUUUUGUUUUUGUACAUGUCUUUGUAGAAAUAUAGAAAAGAGGAUAUACGAAUAGGUUAUAAAAAUAAAAUACUUGAUAAUUUUGUGGUUUGUACAUUAAUUUAUGAAAUGGCUGACGUAGGAAAUAGAGAACAAUCGAUAACUAAAGUGCCAAUGAUUUACGUUUGUGGUGAGUGCCACAAAGAAAAUGAAAUAAAGCCGAGAGAUCCAAUACGAUGCAGGGAGUGUGGUUAUCGUAUCAUGUACAAGAAGAGAACAAAAAGAUUGGUUGUUUUUGAUGCCCGAUGAUCAAGAGAAAUAAUACAAGAGUGACGUAUUUUUAAUAAAUUUUAAUCUUAUUGUUAUAAAAUAUCC